UCAAGCUACGGAGGCAAGAGGAUAGCAGACACAAUAAAAGGGAAGAGUUUUGUUGUUGAAAUCACCAAAUGCAGGGAAUGGAGUGAACAGCAAACCAUUUAAUUUAAAGAUCAAUGCACACCAAAAGCCGCUGACAUGCCCUCUCUUCGUUUGCUCGCCAUUCUCACAACCCUGCUAGCGGUAGUCUUGAUGGCGACCCAGUCGUCCGCAACCAGAACAACCCGCAGACCAAAGCCUCAGAAUACCAAGAAGCCCCCUCGCGGAGGUGGUACCGGAGGAGGGGGAGGAGGUGGCGACCAGCCGGCCCGUCUGGGCUUCAGGCAGACCACCACCACCAUGGCCCCCUCCAGUAGCCUGGGCACCGACGAGACCACAGAGGAUACCAUGACGGACGCCUAUUCCUUGUCCCCCACUGACAGCACCACCUACGCAGGCGACGCCUACCCCACAGAGUUCCACACAGACUCCAUGGCGCUCCCUGGAGCCGGCAUGGGAAACUACACCCUGGACUACAGCCACUGCUACUUAAAUGUCUGCGAGUGCUGCCCGCCUGAAAAGGGCCCUGUGGGGCCCCCAGGGGAGAGGGGGCCCCCAGGGCCUGGAGCGGAGAGGGGUCUUCCAGGUGUACCUGGAGAGAAAGGUGAUGUGGGACUCAUGGGACCUCCUGGACUGGAUGGUAUGCCUGGAGCUACUGGACUUGAAGGAGAUAAAGGUGACAAAGGCGAUCAAGGAGACACGGGGAUGCCUGGUGCUCCAGGGAUACUUGGAAAAGAGGGACCGAAAGGUGACUUGGGCCCCAAAGGAGAAAAAGGAGAAACAGGCCUCCCUGGCUUGAAAGGAGAUCUGGGAGAAAGGGGAAAGCCUGGGUGGAAUGGGACCCAGGGCGAGAAAGGUGACCUGGGUAAAAUAGGCCCUGCAGGUCCCUCCGGGCUGACUGGCCCAAUGGGACAGAAUGGCCAAAAGGGAGAGAUGGGGGAGUGUCCAACUGGCGAGAAGGGAGAGAAAGGGGAGGCGGGCUUGCCUGGCCCCCCUGGGCCGAGGGGGUUGGUGGGACCCCCGGGAGUAAAUGGAACCAAUGGUCUACCAGGGCCUGUAGGUCUGAGGGGUCAGCUAGGCUCCCCAGGAGGGAAAGGGGAGGCAGGGGCUCGGGGGCCCCCAGGCUUGAGGGGCAUGCCUGGGCCGAAAGGAGAGAAAGGCCCCAAGGGCCCACGAGGUGUGCGGGGUCCCAAGGGCCCGCAGGGGGAGACCGCAGAGCAGAUACGAUCUGCCUUCAGCGUGGGCCUCUUCCCCAGCAAGUCCUUCCCCCCUCCAGGCCUUCCCGUCAAGUUCGACAAGGUCCUCUACAACGAAGAGGAACACUGGGACCCAAUGCUCAGCAAGUUCAAUUGCACCCACCCCGGGGUCUACGUGUUCUCCUACCACAUCACCGUGCGCAACCGGCCCCUGCGCGCCGCACUGGUGAUUAACGGCGUGAAGAAGCUGCGGACGCGUGACUCCUUGUACGGUCAGGACAUCGACCAGGCGUCCAACCUGGCUCUGCUGCGUCUGGCAUCAGGGGACCAGGUAUGGCUAGAGACGCUGAGGGACUGGAACGGAGUCUACUCCAGCAGCGAAGACGACAGCACCUUCACCGGCUUUCUGCUCUAUGCCGACCCCAAGGCCUGACCUACGACCUCGCCUGUGAGCCCGGCUUGACCUCUCCAUGACCUGUAUCUGACAACUCCGCAUCCCCUCCAAACGCUUUGCACCACUCGGCUAAAUCAUCUCUGUCAAUGUUGCUAUUGCUACUGCUGCUAACUAUGCUUCUGCCUAUUGCUAUCACAACAAUCUGACCAAAUGCUUGCUGUAAUUUGGAUGGGAAAGGCUGUAACACUUUAUGCAACGCUUACGUGCUCUGACAAUGCAAUAAAACACUGCUAAUGCUUGAAA